CCUGCGAAAGUGCGUUUGUCGUUGUCGUUCGUUGUUAUAAUUUUUGACUUGACUUGACUUUUGUUUGAACUAGAAAAACAUCGCCUUGGCAACCGAAUUUGUGAAUAUUUCGUAACAAAAAUAGGAACGAUUAUGCAUUUCUAGCAAGAUUAUGGAUGAUCAACACAAUACUCUACCGUCUUCAUCAGAUGUAAAGAACGUACUUCCGGAUGUGGUGCAUUCUCAACCGAUUCCCGCCGUAGAGGCGGGUUGUGGCGAGCCCCUCGGCGCCCGCGGCGGCCGCGACGACCCCGCGUCCCCCGCGGACCCCGCGCCCCCCGCCGGCCCCGGGAGCCCCCGCGACGCGCCCCCUGACGACAGCGAGCCCGAGUCCAUCUCUGAACAUAUUCCUUCCAAGCUAGAUUACUCACUCUCUACCUCAGACAAUUUGCUCAAAUCUCAUGACACUCAACAUGUACCUGAUGAGCCUCCAUGCCAUGAUGAGGACAAAAAUAACUCCUUGAACAUUCCACAAUCCACUGCCAGUGACCAGCCCAGUGUCCCCGACCCAAGCCCCAGUGCCUCGUGGCCCACAGAUGCGAACCCAGUGUCUGAUGUGCACCACAUCAGUGCAGAGAGCCCCGUGUGCCUGGCCGAGUCCUCUGAAGCUUCAAAGGAAGACUCGGCCAGCAAGUCCAGCUCAUUGACCUUACAGCUGAGUGAACAUGGCUCAGAGAAAAAUAGUGAAUACAUUGACUCACUCAAUGAAGACAGGUCAAACCCGCAGAGCAAUGACUCUUUGGAGAGAGACCCUUCUAUUGAGAGGGAUGAAUCAUUAAACAGAGACUCCUCCUCAGGCUCAGAGGAAAUAAUUAAGCUGGACAUCAGAGGUUCCGGCAUCCCAAGGUUCCCUUUUCAGACUGAAAAGAUUAUUUUCGGUUCAGUCCCUGAAGGAAGCACUUUCAUAGACCAAGACACAGAACCUAUACCAGUGUUUAAGAAUCUGCUGUCACCAUUCUUAGUGGGUGCAGGAGAUAGUAUCAAUUUCUCAGAAUUAUUGAGUGCUAAGGAACCAGUAAAAGACUCCUGCAAUGAGAAGACUCCAGUACAGUCGCCAGAGCAUAGUUUUGAGCAGAAGGAUCUGUUGGUUGAAGAGUUGACGGUGGACGAGAGCAAGGAGAAAGAAGAUGAUAGUUCUCUUCCUGAACAGCCAAAGUCUCCGGUGCGAAUGGAGACACCGGUGCGCGAAGAGACGGGGGACUUCAACACCAUGGAGACAGACUACAAGACCAUCUGUGAGGAGCACCACACGAAGCUAAUGCACUUGGAGGGAGCCAUCACACAACGCGAUCAACUAAUAGAAGACCUGACGGUGUCGUUACAGCGAGCUGUGGAGGACCAGGCGACCCUGCGGACAGACAACCAGCUGUUGACCAACGAGGUGCAAGCCCUACAGCACAUGCUGUGCGAACACUCGCAGUCAGAACAUGACACCAUCAAGGCACAGCUUUCGGACCUAGUGAAAUAUGAGAGCAUGUUAAAGGAUGAUAGUACGAAGUAUUACUCAGCGUUUUUAAGCAGCGGUUCGUCAGCGAAGAGUUCUAUCGGUGAACGGGAUAAGGACCAAGAAGAAGUUACAGUGAACUAUUCGCGGUCGAAAUCGUCAGACUCUGAGGAGUAUGAAGGGUUUGAGACGAAGCUGAGUGCGACGAUUGGCCAGUUUGACGAGUUUAUUGAGGAGAACCUGAGGAACAAGUUGCGGGAGAAGGUUCUAGAAGUGGUGGGGGCCGAGGUGGGGCGGCGGCGCGGGGUCACUGACCUCGCGGAGCUGCAGGCCCGACAUGAGAGGGAGAUGGAGAACCUCCGGACGUACUUUGAGAAGAAAUGCUCGGAUAUGGAAAGGAGGCCGCAAAGCACCUACUCUGACUCGGUGUACCGCGGCCGCUGCUCGGCCGACUCCGCGCCGCAGCGCUCGCGCAGCGCUGAGCCGCUGUCGUUCACUGAUGACUACCAACUGGAGCUGCCCCCGCGUCCGGCGCGCCAUAAGGAGGCCGACUUAGACGAGCUUAGGACGCAGCACGCGGCCGCAAUGGGGGAGCUCCGGGACCGGCAUGACGAGACAGUACGCGCCUUGGAAGAACAGAUAGUGCAGUUGAAGGCGCACCUCCAGUCCACGGAGCAGCCUGACUCCAGCAUGCCCGUCUACCAGCAGGAUAUAGACCUGGAGCUGGAGAAGACGCGGCUGGCCCCGCAGACCGUGGAGGAGGUCAAGCAAGAGAUCAUACUGCAGCUUCAGGAGCAGAUACAGGUGCUGCUGUCAGACCCUGACGCGGAGCUGUCGAGCUGGCCGCUGGAGCUGGUGGCGCUGAGAGACAAGAUACACGGGGACAGGGCGAGGGACAAGGAGCUGUCGAGCGUCCGUGAGGAGCUGGCGGGUGAAGACAAGUGGAAGCAGAAGAGGAACCUCAGCUUCGACCAGAACCGCCAGAUCCUCGAAGUCACCAAGGAACGGGACGAAUUCAAGCUAGUAGCCGUGACGCUGCAACGCGCCGUGGCCCAGCUACUGGCGUACUGCGCCUGCGCAGAGAACGAGCUCAACCAGACUGUCCUUGCGCAGCUUCUGCAGCCUGUGCUUCCGUCAUCGGUGACCCCCCCCUGCCCCCCCUUGGACGGCAGCCUGCAGGCGCGGCGCGUGCACUUCGCGCCGGACCUGGGCCCGCUCCUGGCAGAGCUGGACGAGGACGACCUGGUCGGGUACCUUCAACAGCAACGGGACUUGAGCCUGGAGAUCAAGCUAGAAUUAGAAAACUCUUUGAGAAGACUGCGGCAUGAGGCGCGCGAGCUGCUGGCCCUGUCCGCCGGGGGGCGCCACCAGCUUUCAGUGACACAAUCGGAACACAGUAUGUUGGAGUUGGAGUGCAGUGAGCUGAACAUCACUGGAUUGGUGGAAGAAAUGGACGCGCGCCGCGGCUGCGACCACUGCCGGCAGCACCGGAAGAGCUUGGAAGAAGCGACAGCAGAAAGCCUCCAACGGGAGAAGCUGCUCCGGGCAGACCUGGAGGCCGCCAUGAUGAAGAUAGCGCAGCUGAUGACGGACCGGCACGGCGACGACCUCAUUGCUGAGGGCUACGGUCUAGCCCAACAGCUGUCUCACCCGCUGUCGCUGCCGGCCCGUCCGUCCCCCCGCACCCCGCCGUGUCCCCCCGAGGAGCUGUCCCCCCGCGGCAAGCUGUGGGGGGACAUCGAGCAGCUGCAGCGGGAGAAGGAGGACUUGGAGCAGCAGUUAGAGUCAGCGAACCGUCAACUGCGUUCAACUCGCAAGUUUGUAGAAGAGCAGGCGUUAGAGCGAGAGAGCGAACGGGACGAGUUUGCGUCUCGCCUGGCCGAGCUGACCAAUGAGAACGCGGCGUUGACGCAGCGGCUGCAGAAUAAUGCCAGGAUACUGAAUGAGAUGCACUGCCUGAAGCUAACACAAUGCAACUGUCGGGAGCACGACGCACAUGUAGAACAACUAGAAGCCCAAACCCGUGAAAUGAACCAAAUAAUCAACGAAAUGGAAAACAAAAAGUCGUCAACAGAAGAAGAACUCAAAGCGACCAAUGAAAAGAUCUCAAUCUUACGCGACAUCAUAGCUACUCUAGAGAACCAAUUAGAACAGAAAACCACACAUGAGACAGAAAUACUGGAGCAGUUGGAGGAAAUGAGACGCACGAUCGAUGAGAGAGAUAGCAAGAUGAGGGCAUUGGUCGGGGAGCUAGAAUCGCUGAGGUGUGAGCGAGAAGACAGUACUAAUGUCACUUGCGAUAAAUGCUGUGAGGGGAGUCAGGAUGUUAGCGAGUUGAUGGACACUGUGAAGGAACAGGCGCAGUGGCUGCAGCAGAAGCUGCAGGCGCGCUGCGGGCGGCUGGAGCAGGUGCACGAGGUGUGCUCCGCGCCCCCGAGCGACAGCGAACCCGCCUCCGCCACUCAGGUCCCGAGCCCAGCCCCACUGCCCCAGCCCCUCCCCGAACUCCAGCCCGUGUUCGCGGCCCUGGAGGCGCUGGCCCGGGCCGAGGACAUGGCGCUGCGGAGAGUGGCCGACCUGGAGAUGCAGCGAGCCCUGUUGAAGGACGUCGCGCAGGAGGUGCGAGCGGAGCGCGACGUGCUCCAGGCUCGGAUGUCGGAGCAGGCGCUGAAGAUAUCCUCCCUGGCGGCCAGGCUCGAGCUGCAGAGGCACAACGCUGAGGCUUUAGCACAUGAUGCUACGAGUCAACUGUCUGUGCAGCUCCAUGAUUCAUUGGCCGAGCGGUGA